AACCUCCUGUUCCUUUCAGCGGAGCGGAUGAAGAAGACGAAGUUGUAGCAGUCAAUUACCUUUAGCAUUAGCAGAUUUUUGUGCACGAACUCAUGGAAUAAAGUUAGCACGCUACUGCCUCCGUGUGAUCUAGUCAUGUCUGUGCAGGUGGUGCUGCAGCAGAGGAUCAGCUCCGCUAAGAAGCUGCUGCAGCGGGCGGAGCAGAUGUGCCAGGGUGUGGAGGGUCAUCAGAAGCUCUGCGGUAAACUGCGAGCCGAGCUGCGCUUCCUGUGGCGGGUGGAGACGGGAGAGCUGCAGGUCAAAGAGUCUCAUCUGCACAGCACCAACCUGACUCACCUGACAGCCAUUGUGGAGUCAGCCGAGAGUCUGGAGGAUGUAGUGGCGCUUCUGCAUGUUUUUACUUACCAGGACACCUCUGGUCGACAGCGGACGCUGGUGGUAGAUGUAGUGGCUAAUGGAGGACACACCUGGGUGAAGGCAGUGGGCAGAAAGGCAGAGGCUCUACACAACAUUUGGCAGGGACGGGGUCAGUAUGGGGACAAGAGCAUCAUCAGGCAGGCGGAGGACUUCCUGCAGGCCAGCCUCCAGCAGCCUGUCCACUACCAACACCCCCACAUCAUCUUUGCUUUCUACAACGGGGUCUCCUGCCCCAUGGCUGAUCGCCUCAGGGAAAUGGGCAUCUCCGUCCGCGGCGACAUUGUUGCUGUAAACACCAUGAUGAUGGAGGGAGAAAGUGCAGAAGAUGAAGAUGAGGAGGGGGAUGCAACUGAAAAUAAACAUGAAGAAGAAGAGGAUGAGGAGGAGGAGGUGGUGGCAUCUGAGCUAACCCGGGUUGAUCGUGGCAUGGUGGUGGCCAGCUUGGCCUUUCCCACCCAGGUGCAGGUGGAGGAGUGUCGGCGGGUGAACCUGGACAUCACCACGCUCAUCACGUACGUGUCAUCGCUGAGUCAUGGCCGCUGUCACUUCACCUUCAGGGAGCCAGUCCUGACAGAGCCCGGGCCCCCCCCCCGGCGGCCCCUGCCACAGCUUGAUGCCUUUAUGGCGGGGAAAGAGCUGUUUGCCUGCCACGCUGCUGUCUCUGACUUUCAGCUGAUCCUGGACACGCUGGGGGGCCCAGGUGAGAAGGAUCGUGCUCAGAAGCUGCUGGCCCGCCUCCACCUGGUGGAUGACCAGCCAUCAGAGCGGACACUACGGCUCAUGCCCAGUGCCAAGAUCAACCAACGCUCCCUCAUGAUUUUUGGCACCGGAGAUUCACUAAGAGCUGUUACCAUGACGGCAAACAGCCGAUUCGUCAGGGCGGCGGCUAAUCAGGGUGUUCGAUACAGCGUGUUCAUCCACCAGCCACGAGCUCUAACUGAGGGGAAGGAGUGGAGGGCCAUGCCUAUCUGAGUCAGUGAGACUUCCUGUGCAGGGGCUGAUGGGAAUUUGAGUUUGUCAGCUGAUCAUAAAGAGGUAUAGAGGGUUAGCUUAAAUCUACAUUGGUGUAAAUAUGAUUCAGACCAUCUGACUCCUGUUUUGUUGAAUUAUUUCAAAAUCUAUAUUCAAAGAUGAAUAAAGCAUCACAGUAA